AUGGGGCUCGCGCCUCUGCUCGUCGAUACGUACCGCAAGUACAAAAAAGGCACGAACAACUUCGUCCAGUGGCUAGCGGAGACAGCCCGCGCAACUGGUACUGUCGAUGAUGUGUUCAAAGACAGUCGCCAAGACUUGAUACCGCCUACAGGAGGCAGACUGAAGGGAGCGGCUAGGAAAGAGGCAAAGAAAGCCGCACUGACGCAAAAUGCUACCGCCACAUGUCAGAUCACGACCAAGUCGUUCCUCACUCUUGCGGCUGCUAUUGCCGCCGACAAGCGCACGUGUGUUUCACCUGAGGUCUUCACAACCUUGCGUGCAGUCAUUCGGGGUCGCAAAGAUUGUGCAGUUUGGUACUCCAUGAUAUCUGAUCAAGCAGACGACGCUGCCAAGGAGAGCAAUGAGGGCCACAAACACUUCAUUAAGCUUUUGGAGGACGUCCUGGAGAUCAUCAAGCCGAAACUACCGCAGACUCAACGCCAGCCACUCAAGACUGCUAAGACUGCACCACUACACACCAACAACGCGUUCGAGCACUUGAAGUUCGAGGAGCCUUUAGACACGGAAGAUAUACCAGAAGCCAUCGAGAGUCCAGUCAGGCCCGCCACACAGAAGGUUUCUUACAAGCUCGAACCGUCUGAUACCGACGUUUCCUUCGCCAUAUACUGCUUUCUCAAGGACGCUACACACCUCAGACUUGCUGUUAGGCGAACUUGGCGUGAGUUCGCGAAGGGCGACAUAGGGCUCCAAGCCGCUGCGUUGACCAUGAACGCCGCCCUGGCUAUGAUCGAGAAGUUGAGCAACGAAUUCGAACAAGCCCAUCCACGCUUCAAGGACUCUGGGUCGCAGAAAAUGCACUUGGAGAUCAUUAAAUUCAUAUAUAGCAGCUACAGCGAGAGUGGGAAAGGUUCAGCUUUCAUCGAUGGAGGCGAUGAGGAUAGCGACCCUUUUGCCUACAAAGAAGGAAAGCAGAUACUACGUUCCGACACUGUGAUGUGUACGCAUACCACCGAAUUGGUUAUUGGGAUCUUCUGGCUUGAAAAGACAAAAGAAAAGUGUCGACUUACCAACGACGAGAGGAAAUUCCUCAAGUGCAUUUCACAGUUUGUAUCGACGCCAGAUGAAGAGCCGAUGCCUGAUAGCUAUAUGGUGCGUAAAGCUGCGAAUAACAUGCUGUACGACCGAAACCUGAAUACUUGGAUCGUAUUCUCGUUACAAAUAUUUUGGGACAUGCAGAGAGAGUUAGGGUCAUGUCUGCAUCUUGGCAAGAUGCUCUUUGAUAAGACCGGGCAGCAGCUUAUCGAACGCUAUAAAGCGUACCUCGAUGUUGAAGGCCUUGAGAAAAUUGGCGCUACGCAUGCCACAUUUCGCGAAGACAUUGUCAGACGCAAGGAAUUCAUUGAAAUCUUGCUCAAUAAUACAUUGGUUCAGGAGGAGUUCGAUCAGUGCGAAAAGCAAACAAGUCGACCAUUCGAUAACAUCCCUGGUUUCUCAUUACUCAAUCACGAUCCUGGGCUAUGCGGCUUAAUCUCUGCGAACAUGCGCGAUGAUUAUCAUAGGACAGCCAUCGACAUGGCAUCCAAUCAAGGACAGAUUAUUGUCUCAGCUCACCUCUACAAUGCUGUCCAGCUAUCCGGGAAUCUACCAGAAGGCUGGCAGUGGACCGACAUGGAUUGGCUCAUUGAGCGGCAAGGUAGCGAUUGGAUGUUCAUGGGCAAGCGACCGAAGCGAGGUUCCAAUUUUGGAAAGCAUGUGAACCUCAUAUUGGGCUUCUCUGCUCAUAAGUUCACUGCGGAUUACAAGUCCCGCAAUUCAGAAGCAGAGACAGAGUGCAACAUCGGCGGGGUCCGUCGCCUCGAGUAUCAUGCACGGCGCUGCGAGUUAGGUACAGACAGGGAGCCACGACGCAAGAAGCCUGUGGGGAUGAGCAAGGCGAAGAAUGAUAUUCUUGUCAUGGUAGAGUGCCUAGUCAACGACUUUCAAGGCAAACAUGAUGAUACACGCAAACCGCUAUCCUCCUUCGAAAAACUCAGUCUCUUCAAAUUAGCGAUCGAGAAAGACGAGUCUGCUUUCGCAUUCGAUGUUAUGGAUCUGAAACUUACAUGUAUCCGGCUACUACAAGAGAUCCAGAAGUACGCUCUUACUUUCGCGCCGCUCGACCAUCUCGUGUCCAGGUUUAUUGGAGGGCUAUCGAUGAACGCUGUUAUCGGAGAUAUGCUCUAUGAUCUGGGUGGGCACCCGCGACAUCACACCAGCAUCUUCCCAAAGGCAGCCGCCAUACUUUGCAAGACCUUACAGGAGAAAGGCAACAAUGUUCUCAUGGAUGCCAUGGUAUGCCAAGAAGAGAUGAAGCUCAAUCUCGAAGAUUUCAAGGCUGAGGUUGAGCCUAGCUUCGAAAACCCAUACGAAGACAUCAUAGAUCUGGACUUCCGCGAUAUGGUUGGUAAUAUCAUGCUCCAUGAUGAAAACAGAGGUUUUCGGAUGUCUUUCGGCCGUCCAGUAUGA